CAUUCACUUUUUUUUCCUCAUUAAUUAAUAAUAAUCUCUGAUAUUUUCGGAAUUAAUCGAGCAAUGGCGAUGAGUUCGUACAAGAUCGAGCGUCCCUUUGAAAUGAGAGUGGCAGAAGCUGCUCUUAUCAGAGGGAAGUAUCCUGGUAGAAUUCCUGUGAUUCUCGAAAAGGCUGGAAGGAGCGAUGUACCGGAUAUCAAUAAGAAAAAGUUCCUAAUUCCUGCAGAUACAACAGUUGGCCAGUUUGUCCACGUCGUGCGGAUGCGGAUUAAGCUUAGUUCGGGGAAAGCCAUCUUUAUUUUCGUGAAGGAUACGUUGCCACCCACAGCCGCAGCGAUGUCUAAAAUUUAUGAGGACAACAAAGAUGAAGAUGGUUUUCUUUACAUGACAUACAGCGGUGAAAACACAUUCGGUUCCCCUUGAUGCAUAGGAUGUAGUUUAGUGGAUAAUAAUAGUAAUAGUUUUGUAUAUUCUUUAUUAGUCACCCUAGCUUCUUAGGUUGUCUCAGCUGUAGAAAUCUUUCUAUAGUAUAACUUGAAAGUAUAACUUGAAACUAUUUAAUACUAUAAUUUUGAAGUAGUUUUUCAUGAUGAUUUGACUCUUUACUUUUCUGUGUCUUUAUGUUAAUACUGGUGAGUCUAUGAAAAUUGCAAACUUUGUACAGGGUUGUUGACAAGUUCAGGGACCUCCCUUAUCUGUAGGCCAUUUUGAAAGGCCUCUUCAACUAUUUUAAUUGAAACAAUUUUAACUUAA